AGUCGAGUGUCAACAAAUAAAAUUUGUCCCAGAAUUUAGAGAAGUGGUGUAACAAUUUUGCUAAUAGUUUUCUAGUGAAAUGCAUUAUUAAUUUGUUAACAUUGAUUGUGUAAGUAGUGUUUACUAAAUAAUAGAAAAUGCUUCUUCCAUCGCUGGCAAGAAUAGCACACCUGUGCAGUGGGAAAAGCUUGCUCCGAAUCCCUAGAUCGCUACCGGCGCCGGUUCGAUUCAUCGGUCGAGAUCAAAAUGCGGAUGCAGCUCGAAGGCACAGGAUUCGGACCACUAUCUACUAUGUGGCCGCAGCUGGUGUACUGACGGUGGGCAUGAGCUAUGCCGCCGUUCCUCUCUAUCGGAUGUUUUGCCAAGCGUACAGUUACGGGGGAACCACAAGUCAAGGGCAUGACGCGGAAAAGGUGGAAACCAUGCAGCGGUUCAAGGACCGGGUCAUCAAGAUUCGGUUCAAUGCUGACCUAGGAGCAGCAAUGCGGUGGAAUUUUAAGCCCCAACAGCCGGAGAUUAACGUCGUUCCUGGCGAAACCGCCUUAGCUUUCUACACAGCUAAGAAUCCUUCGGACCAGCCGGUGAUAGGAAUCAGUACCUACAAUGUGAUUCCGUUCGAAGCCGGACAGUACUUCAACAAAAUCCAGUGCUUUUGCUUUGAAGAGCAGCAGCUCAAUCCGCACGAAGAGGUGGAUAUGCCAGUGUUCUUUUACAUAGAUCCCGAAAUUAUGGAUGACCCCAAGAUGGAACUUGUUGACUCAAUUACGUUAUCUUAUACAUUUUUCGAAGCAAAGGAAGGCCUAAACUUCCAAAUGCCGUCUUAUGCAACGAAACAUGGUUCAUAAAUUUUAAUAACGACUGUUA